GGUUCCCCACCUAUUUUUUUCGAUACGAUCAUUUUAUUCAUCUCCCGUCACUCCUGUUGUUUUACAGCGCAAUAGCUGGUCACGGAGCAAUCUUCUUCAAUUCAUGUUUAUCAUCUUUGGCCACCAGAAAUUAAGGGAUGACUACUCUUCAACAAGAGGCAGUGAUCAUGGAGAAUGGCAACAUCAAGGGUUUGAGCAGGGAGCUGAGGCAUGGCAGGACUGCUCAUAACAUGUCCUCUUCUUCCUUGCGCAAGAAAUCCGACUUAACCCUUGUUUCCAAAGUUCAGUGGUGUUUACUCAGGAAUUUGCUCGUCAAUUUCCAGGAGGUCAUUCUCGGCACCAAGUUAUCGAUUCUCUUUCUUGCGAUUCCCUUUGCCAUCGUCGCUGAAGUCUACAGGUUCGGUCGACCUUGGGCUUUUGCGUUGAGCUUACUAGCACUUACACCACUAGCUGAACGCGUCAGCUUCUUGACAGAACAAGUAGCUUAUCACACGGGUCCAACAGUUGGAGGACUCUUGAAUGCAACAUUUGGCAAUGUCACAGAACUCAUAAUAGCAAUAUUUGCUCUCAAAAAUAAUAAAAUAGCUGUGCUCAAGUAUUCUCUCUUGGGUUCAAUCCUUUCAAACCUUCUUUUAGUUCUUGGAACCUCUCUCUUCAGUGGUGGAAUAGCAAACAUCAGAGUAGAACAAAAAUUUGAUAGGAAACAGGUAGAUGUGAACUCACUUAUGCUGCUGCUGGCAUUUUUGUGCCACUUACUGCCUUUGCUGUUUAGAUAUUCUGGUACCUCAGCUACUCUCAAUGCAGACUCAUCUCUCCACUUGUCAAGAGCUGCAAGUAUUGUGAUGCUGACAGCGUAUUUUGCUUACCUUGUCUUUCAACUUUGGACCCAUCGCCGGUUAUUUGAAGCCGAGGAUGAAGAAGAUGAUAAUGAUAACGUUGCAGAAACAGCUGUAAUAGGAUUUUGGAGCGGGAUUGCUUGGCUUGCUGCAUUGACUGUACUCAUUGCUAUCUUGUCUCAAUUUGUGGUGGAAACAAUUGAGGGUGCUUCAGAUUCAUGGAGCCUUUCUGUCAGCUUCCUUAGCAUUAUCUUGUUGCCAAUAGUUGGCAAUGCAACUGAACAUGCAGGAGCAAUCAUAUUUGCUUUGAAGAACAAACUGGACAUCUCAUUAGGUGUUGCUUUAGGUUCUGCAACUCAGAUAUCCAUGUUUGUGGUUCCUCUCUGUGUGGUUAUUGCUUGGAUGAUGGGUAUCAAAAUGGACCUUGACUUCAAUCUCCUUGAGACCGGUUCUCUUGCUUUGGCUAUUUUAGUCCCAUCCUUCACUUUACAGGAUGGGACUUCUCACUACAUGAAAGGCCUUGUUCUCCUGCUCUGCUACGUUGUUAUUGGGGCAUGCUUUUUUGUACAAGGAACACCACCCAACCAAGCUGAUGUUCCAAACAUGAUCCUUAAAUCCGCGACUGAAGCAGCUUAGUACUGGAGUUCUUGUUGCGAAGCUGUGCAAACAUAAUCACUUGCGCCCAUGCAUGAACUCUGGAAUGAGCAAGGGACAAAGUUUCAUUGCAGGUUACGACCUAUUCGGGUCCCUUCGUGAGAGAGGAAGGACGAGAGCUUCUAUACUAACUUCAAACAAAUUCAAUGGAUUUGCCUACUCGAAAGGGAAAUGUGAAGAAGUUUGCAUUAACUUUGCAGGAAAGCUGAUUGCAGACCGUGUACAUAAUCAUAAAUCUCUUGAAAGUGCUGUUGGGUCUGAGAUUUUCGUCUAGUAUUCGUAAGAUCUAUGAAUAGCAUAGCAGAAGCUUCUAGGAGUGUUCUAAUGGUUUAAUGAUGGAAGGUCGGUAUAUGUAGUUAGCAAGAUAUUGAGGUUUAAUUGUCUGUUCAUCUUGUUAAAAAGAAAAAGGUUCAGGGUGAGUUUUGAGAUGUGAAACACCUGUCCUGUAAUAAUUCUCAGUAUGAGAAAGCUGUUCAUCCCUUUUUAUUUAUUUAUUUAUUUAUUUUGAGAUACAAUGGGCAAGCCAAAACUUGAUCCAACUGUUGGAUCAUUCUAUUAAACAUUCUACUGGGGAAAAAUAUAUUAAUCAUUCCGACAUUA